AUGAGAGUCGCCUUGUCUCCGCGCAAUUGCUUCAAGGCGAGCUUCACCCUCGUCAUCUUCUCCUUCCUGGUGUUUUUCUUCCGGGAAAAUCUCUCGUAUGGAGGACACAAACACGCGAUCGGGACCUCGGAUCUGGACCUCGAGGAGGAUCAUUUGCGCUCCAACUCGCCGUGGAUCGAUUCGAACGGGUUUAUGAAUCCCGCUGAGGCCCCGGGUUAUUGCAGUCGGCAUGGCUGGAAGGAAUACCCUCACCGGCAAUCCCGGCGCAAGAUUUACGAUCUGUUUAUGAUUAAUUCGGAGCUCGAUUGGUUGGAGAUCAGACUCAACGAGCUGCAGAAUCACGUUGAUUACUUCGUCAUCCUCGAAUCAGCCACGACCUUCACGGGACUCCCUAAACCCCUCGUCCUGAACGACAGCUGGGACAACUUCACCCAAUUCCGAGACAAGAUCAUCUACCACGUCCUACAGGACCCGGACCCGGCACUGGUCAAGGAGCAAAAAUGGACACAAUGGGACCACGAGAAGUUCCAACGCAACGCCAUGUUCGAACAGGUGCUCCCGCGUCUAACAGACGCCCAGGCCCCCAACCACGGAGACGUCAUCCUCGUCUCCGACAUCGACGAGAUCCCGCGCCCCGCCGCCCUGACCGUGCUCCGCAACUGCGAGUUCCCCAGACGGCUCACGCUCCGCAGCCGCUUCUACUACUACAGCUUCCAGUGGCUGCACCGCGGCUCCGAGUGGGCUCACCCGCAAGCUACGACGUACUCGACGCCUAACACUACCAUCCUGCCGCAGGACCUGCGCGGCGGCCACGGCGCGGGCUUCUUCUCAGACGAGAAGGCGGAUCUGUAUAACGCGGCGUGGCACUGCAGUUCCUGCUUCGCGACUAUCGACGAGAUGUUGCUGAAGAUGCAGAGUUUCUCGCACGUCGAGUACAACGAGAAGAAGUUCCGCAAGAAGGCGUGGAUCGUGGAUCAUAUCCGCAAGGGUAGGGAUCUGUGGGAUCGCUGGGGUCAGUGGUAUCUAAGGAUCGAGGGGAAUAGGGAUGUGCCGGCGUAUGUGGCGGAGAAGAGGGAGAGGUUUGGGUAUUUGCUUGAUAGGGAUGGGGAGAGUGCUGGGUUUGUGGAUUAUGUUCCUGGGGAGGAGAUCACCGUGGAAAUCUCGGAUGAUGAGGAAAGAUGGAAAGCAGCAGAUGCAUCUCGGGAUGUUCAGGAUGAAUACUUAGAGUGGUCUGUUCUUCGAGAUGGAGAGGGCAGGAUCAUUCGAGCUGUCUUCACUCGCGAAACUCCCGAGUACUGGGACUUCCUCGCAUACAAGCAGCAACAGACAGCCAUCGAUAAGAUUUGUGAACUCAAUGCCCCUCUUCUCGACGACGUCGAUCAAAAGGAAUUCUUCCACGUUCACACCUCAGAUCCAGGAAAUCGAGAUACAUGGUUUUAUAAUCUGAUCAACGAAUAUAACAACUCCACGACAAAUGAAACAAUUACACAUCUUAUUCAAAAAGACAACAACUUACAAAUGGAAGUUGAUAUAGUUGCUCAAACGACUGUCCUUCGGAAAGACAAGAACGGGAAGCUCAUCACGGAUUCCGAUCAGCUGAUUCGCUGCUCGAAAAUUGGAUGCGUCAACCAACUCGCAACAACAGGAGCAUCAGUCUCCAUAGCUGAUCCCGUAGCAAUCUACAUCAAUAAAUUCAGUCGGGGAAGCUUCAAGCUAGAUUCCACUGGAGACCAAACAUCAAUACGGAAAGAAGUUCAUUGCCUCUUCAAUAGUGUCCCCCGAGGAGGAAAGACAAAGGACUGA